AUGCGUAGCGAAGAGCCUAGCGCAUCGUCUUCUGUUGUGCGUGGCCUGAACUCGUCCAGGUCGACGGAGCGCAUCAACCAGAUCGAUCAAGUACGAGCCUAUGGGAUUGGAGAUGUUGUUUCUCUACCCCAGCUGGUGGUCUGUGGCGACCAGUCGGCCGGCAAGAGCUCGGUCUUGGAGAGCGUCACUAACAUCCCGUUCCCAAGGAAGAGUGGACUUUGUACGAGGUUCCCUACUGAAAUUAUCCUUCGACACAACUCCACGGCUACGCGUAUUAUGGCCACUAUUCACCCACACGCCUCCAGACCAGAGGAAAAGAGAGAUGCCCUUCUACAAUACCGCCGCGUGCUAGCAGACAUAUCGGAACUCCCUGAUGUUAUUGAGCAGGUGUCCGCAUUGAUGGAGAUCCGUGGGUAUGCGGACCAUAGUCUCGGGAACGCGUUUGCGUCUGAUGUCUUGCGGAUUGAAUUUGUGGGCCAGACAAACCUCAAUCUGACCAUCGUCGAUCUACCUGGACUCAUCUCUGUGGCAAACGAAGAGCAAACCGAAGAAGAUAUCCAGCUGGUCAAAGACAUGGUCAAAGGCUAUGUUCAAAGUUCUCGCACGAUUGUGCUAGCAGUGGUGCAAGCCAGCAACGACAUCGCCAACCAGGUCAUCAUCCAGCUUGCGCGACAGUACGACCCGGAAGGUCAGAGGACGGUGGGGAUUAUCACCAAGGCGGACUUGGUUAAUGAGGGCAGCGAGGCCAUUGGCCAAGUCGCGUCAAGCUCUCCUCUGUGGUGCGCAGGACCUUCCGAACACGAAAGCGGACCUGAAACAAGUAGCUUUCGUCCGCAGAAAUAUUACGCCCUUGCUGAAAGCUCAUAG